AACCAUGCGUUACCGAUAUUUCGAGGUUCCUUCAAGAAUCAUGGUUAAUCACCGAGGGACGGACGCGACAGCAAUAAUUUCAAUGUUGUUUUCGUAGGUACUAAGACUACUAAAAUACGAGCUUCAAUUACGUACAGAAGUCAUAUGAAAGUUCGCCAGACCUUGGCAGUGACAGAGGCUCGCGACCUUGUGUAUAUAACGGUAUAUACACAGAGCGCGGCCGCGGCGUCCACUCAAAUUAAACAUGCGAGAGCCCAGAGACAGGAAAGACGCGAAAAUAUAUCAUCAAUAUAUUAUAAAUGUGAUUUUAAAAGAUUGGUCGGAAGAUAGUUGUUUCAAAUUGAAAUAAAGUCGGAGUUAAAAUCACUUAUUAUAUGUCAAAAACUAGGGUGUAAUAAAACCCGUGCUGUGACGAGGAGGACAAAAUAUUACUCACUUAGCCUCAGACAGUUAUAGGAAGCGGUCCACUACUUAUUUUACACAGGAGUGGUGAUUGUACUUGCACCGGGGUCGGGGGCACUCUGACCCGCAGGAUUGGUUGCGCAUGUAAAUAAAUGAUAGUUUGUCUUACAAUUUACAAUGUAGUGUGUAGUAAGGUCGCCAUUUAGUGAGUUGGCGACUCGCGAAUGGCGACCACCUACCGGAUGGCGUAGUGUUGGUAAGCCUCCCACAAGAUGGACCGACGAUCUGGUCAAGAUCCCCGGAGUAGGAUGGAUGAGGGCAGCGCGGGACCCAUCGUCAUGGCGAUCUUUGAGGGAGUUGUCCAGCAGUAGACGUCUUCCGGCUGACAUGAUGACGAAAAUAGAAUGGCAGAAAGACAGAAGCAGAUAAGUAUGGCAGCUAGCGCCAUAGCCAUGCGAGGUGUGAGGCUGUUCCUAAACGCGGGGAGGUCAGCAGCGGAGAAGGGAUCACCUCCCAAACCACGACCUCGCGUCAAGCCGGUCAUACCUGGAACCAAGUUGCUGAAGGAACAAAUGAAUAUACUGCUGAAAGCUACCAGGUUUAACAAGAAUGAGUUGGAGGCAUUAUUUUCAAUGUACCGAAGACUUGUCUCCGCGGCGCAGCUAGCAGCCUCUCCUACUGUUGUUGGUCAACCUGCACCCAAGAUUGAUAGUAUAGACCAGAACACAUUUCGCGACGUGAUGCAUAACACAUUCGAUCUGGUCACAGAAGAAAUAGUUCUCGAUCGUAUCUGGAGCACUUGGGACCGCGGUACCAACUCUGGCGAAGGAUCGCUCAAGUUUGAACCCUGGGCGAAGGGUCUGAGCGUUAUACUGAAGGGUACUCUUGAAGAGAAAAGGACGUUUUGUUUCAGAGUUUAUGAUUUGAAUUCUGAUGGAUUUAUUACUAAGGACGAAAUGUUUAUUUUACUCAAAAACUCACUGUUGAAGCAACCAGGUGACGAAGAUCCCGACGAAGGUGUACGAGACUUAGUCGAGUUGGUUCUUAGGAAAUUGGACGUUGACAAAGAUGGAAAAGUCUCAAUGGAUGACUACAGAGAAGCUGUGAAUCAAGAGCCUCUGCUACUGGAAGCCUUUGGUCAAUGCUUACCAACGAGACGUCAGGCUUUGGCAUUCCUUAAAACAUCAUCCCUAAAAUAUAUCUAAAUACAGUAGCUAAUUUAAUAUAUCAGUGUUUCCAGAGGCAUUGGAAGUUCGCAGACAGACAGACAGCAAAAAUGUUGAUAAGAAAAAUUAUGUUUUUAUCGAUAAUGCUAUAUAUUAAUAGAGAGAAAGACACGAGAAGUACUUAAGGCGACACUAAAUGCCAGCGACCUUGAGCGAUUUGAGUUCUCGCCGCCAUCUAUGUAACAAAGCCAAUAUUUUCAAAAUUCUUGGGUGGAAAACAGUUUAUAUGCUUACAAUCCUCAUUAUUCAUUACUAAUCUGAAUAAAUAUGCCUAAACAAAAAAGUACAAGCUAUAAGAAUAACUUUUCUGAGAGUUGUACUAAAAAAAUGCGUCAUGCCAUGCCAAAAAACUUGUUUAACUGCAAGGAAAAGAAGUAGUUCAAAAUGGCUCUGGAGUAUCUAACCAACAGCAAGCAUAGGCAAACUACAAAUAAGACUUAAGGAUGUGUGUAACAGGAUUAAAUAGUGUUCAUAGCUUGAAAUGGUAUAUUUUCACUAAAAACUUGUCUAAAAACACCUUGUUUGCGUGUUUUCUGCUUACUCUUCGCCUUAACGUAGGGCAUUGAAUAAAAUGUGAGAAUGCGCAUUUGGUAACUUUUAUUAAAUCUAAUUUAAUUAUAAAAGUUUUAAUUUCAUGUAGUCAUAGGAUUGUAAAUAUA